CCCUUGUAUCCCAGCACCUCUCCUCCGAUUCCCUUGCUCCACACCCUUCCCCGACAGUAUGCCUCCCUGCUGCCCUCCCUUGAUUCGUCCGACUCCUCCGCUCACACAGCGGAAAUUCCAAUGAUCGAAGUCCCCAAUGCCUCACCUUCAUUUCCUGCCGAAUGUCCCAUUUGUCUUCAUCCGUUGACAAUUUGGCCUUUGUCGAUCCCUGCUUUCUCGUCACUUGGGCCCGACGAACGCCGCGCUGUUGCCCCCUCUGCAAGCAGAGUAUUGUGGCUAUUCUCUACAACAUCCAGUCCUCUAGUUCCUAUCUUCGGUCUUUCCGGAUCUGGAACGUCCACGCAUUCGAUCUUCUCCUUAUCGGCCACGACGUCCUCCUAUUGGCCUCUCCGAUUUAUGACUCAUUUAGCCCCCAAGGCUUUGGAGAAGUCGCCUCCGCUCCUUGCCCGACUCAGACCGUGGAUCGGCGGGACUUGAAGAUUCUCCUCGAAUCGGAAAGCGUCGAUUUUGUUACCGAGCUUGUGCUUGGAAUAAUCAAAGCGCAUUCCAUCGAAUCAUCUGCAUCGCUCGACGCCCUUCGUCCCUUUCUCCAUGAUGCCGCUCCAAUCUUUAUGCGCGAGCUCCAGCUCUUCGCGAGCUCACCCUUUGACAUGAAGGCUCACGACGAUUUGCGCAAAGCGAUUCGACAAGCCAGUUGCUCCUCAGACCAGUCUAUCCUUGGGGCCCUUGCCUCCAAUGACUCCGGCUCUCAUCUCCAGAUCACCAACUUGCACCCGCCGCCUUGUCACACGUAG